AUGGAUUACGCAGUCGACAUGAGUGUUGUGAUGAAAGUGAACAGAAACUGCGAUUAUUGCCGGCAAAAGGUAGGAGAAAUGAUGCAAUGUCUCCACGAACUUUACUCUGUGGAUUUCCUCGGAGACGACAACACAGUCAAGAUUAAGGCGAGAGCCAACCCUGGUCUGCUUUUGAUGGUUAUAGAACGGUACGGCGAUCACGGCAAAGUCUCCGAGAUCCAUCUCGACGGCAAACUUAUGACGCCUCUCCCCGGCGGCGGUUUUUCCGGUCACUCUGGCGUUUUCCUUCCUCCCAACCCCGCCGCUAAUUAUCCAUACCCUUCUCCGUAUCCGCCGCCGCAUCCGCAGUAUUUCGCCGGAAACUGUGCUUACUCAAUGUCGUCGAUUAACCAGCAUACACAGUCGCUGCCUUUGCCUAUUCAGCCGCCGCCGCCAAGGCCGUUUUAUAGUUACACUUACAUAGAACCGCCGUAUUGGCCUACGAGCUCGUCGAGUGGAGCAGGGUGCGUGAUCAUGUGA